AUGCUGAACAAUUUCAAAUGUCUUUUAAUGAUCAUAAUUUUGAAAAUGAAAUGCAAACUUUUGAUUACCUUUGUGAAGAAAUAUAUGACUUGUAUCAAGGAAUGCCAAUAGAAAAUGAUGAACUUGAAUCUGUUGUUACAACAACUUGUGAAAAAGAAGUGAAUGUUGAUGACCUCCAACCAAGACAAAUUUCUGAAAAUAUUCCUAAAAUAGA